UACAUUCAAGAAGUGAAGUGCAGUGGGACACUUAGAGCACAGACGGGCUGUGGAACAGGUCAAGAACCUAUGUCUGCUAUGAAGAUAACAGGCAUUUUUGUGCUCCUCACCCUAGCAGUUCUUUGCUUAGCAAAUGCUGCCAAAAAGGAUGAGGUAGACUGCAGUGAAUACAAGAGUUUACAGGCAAGAAGACCUAUUUACUGUGAAAGGCUCUAUCAACCUUUUUGCGGCUCUGAUGGGAAAACCUAUAACAACAAAUGUUCUUUCUGCAAAGCAGUUCUGAGAAGCAGAGGUGCUUUACACAUGAAGCAAGCAGGUGCAUGCUGAACGGAUUCUGGGUGACAGAGCAGAAUGCUGAGAACAGCUUUACACUGCCAUAUCAUGAUCUCUUAAUUUAAUUUCACUCAUCCUGCCUGUUCUGAUGACAGCACACAAAGCAAGAACUAGCCUUUUCAGCUGUACUCUGUCUUUUGAUGCUUCUCGCUGCUCCAUAGUAUUGGGAUUGACACUUCUGUCCUUCCUGCAAAACACUCUUCUUAGGAUUCUCAUGAGCAUCUCUGUUUCUGCAGCUAGCUGGUUUUCAUGUGAGUGCUUAAUCAGUUAAUUUACCUCCACAGUGACAGUUCAAAUUUUCUAGCAUUCCCAACUGAUUUUAUUCAACAGAAGCCAGUAUAGGCAUUGUCUCAGCUUCGCUCGUUAGUGAAGUGUUUCCUCUCAUUUACGCAGAAACCUUUGCAAGUACUUCUUUUCAAGGUCUUCAGUUUUCCUCGGUAAUGCUUCGACUCUUCCAGCUCUAGGAUUUAUAGCUACAUUUUAAAUUGUCAUUUUUCUUCUAACUUUGUACAAUUCUGAUUCAUUUAUGUUGUUUAGCUUCUUAGUUUGCAUGUUUAUUAAAAUAAACGUUGAUGUGUUUUACGCC